AUGGCCCCUCCAGCCGCCUUCGCCGGCGCCCUCUGCCUCCUCUCCCUAACCACCACCACCCUCGCCUCCUUCACCUCCAACCUGAACUACCGCAGCCCAUCACUCAACGAAAACCACAUCAACCUGGGCAUCGACACUGCGAAAAUCCACCACCGCAGCCUCACAAAACGCUCAGAACCCGCCUACACCCCGUCAGAGCUCCACUUCACCCACGGCGUCGCCUCAGGCGACCCCUACGCCGACAGCGUAAUCCUCUGGACGAGAGCCGCACCCUCCCUCAACGCCUCAGCCAGCGAAACAACAGUAUCCGGCGCCGUUCCGCUAUACGACCACGAGAACGAGAAAUACGCCAAGGCCAGCGCGCAUCCGAUUUGCGUGACGUACCGCGUUUUGGACAGUCCCAGUGCGAAUGCCAGUGUCGUCGAUGAGGGCGAAGUUUACACAAGCAGCGAUGUUGACUACACAGUCAAGGUCGAAGCAACCGGUCUCCAGCCAUUCACGAGCUACUGGUACCAGUUUCGUAUCUGCGACUCGGAGAAUGUCUCCCCGCUUGGACGGACGAAGACGGCGCCUAGUGCGGACCAGGAUGUUGAGGAGGUUAAGCUGGCUGUGCACUCUUGCAGCAAUUACCCAACCGGCUACUUCAACGCCUACGGCAACGUCGCGCGCAAGGACGGCGUUGACUACGUGAUCCACCUAGGCGACUACAUCUACGAGUACGAGAACGGGGUGCCGGGCGUCGACGAGCGCGCCGUUAUCCCGCCGCGCGAGAUCUUUAGUCUCUAUGACUACCGCACCAGACUGGGACAGUAUCGGACGGAUGAGGACCUUCGCGCGAGCCAUGAGAUGUUUCCGUGGAUUCCGGUUUGGGAUGAUCAUGAGAUCGCAAACAACGGAUACAGAGACGGCUUCAGCGGACUGCGCAACACGGAGGAAAGCUUCGUGAACUAUGGGCCACGGAUCAGCGUGGACCAGCGCAAGAUGAAUGCCGUGCGGGCUUACUUUGAGUGGAUGCCGAUUCGACAAGUCGACAUGGACGACGGCCUGCGCAUCUGGCGGAGCUUCCAAAUGGGCACGCUCUUCGACCUGAUCAUGCUCGAUACGCGGAACUACGACCGCUCCAUCACAGAUCUGAGCGACAACACCGAAUACAUAAAAUCAAUCCACGACUCCCCCGCACGCUCCCUGCUAGGCCCGCGGCAAGAAAACUGGUUCUACCGCACCCUCUCGGAGUCCCACAGCCGCGGCGCAAAAUGGCGCGUCAUCGGCAACCAGCUCGUCUUCGCGCAUAUCCAGCAGGUUAACGAAGACGGGUCCCUGAGUUUCAACGCCGACGCGUGGACCGGGUACCGGGCGAACCAGAACCGCACGCUGCGGCAUCUGUAUGAGAAUGGGAUUGGCGAUAAUAUUAAUAUUGCGGGCGAUACGCAUGUGAAUUGGGUCUCCGAUAUGAUCUGGGAAGGCACACACCCAUACAACAACAUCACGGGCGCCGGCUCCGUGGGCGUUGAAUUCGCAGGCACGGCCGUCUCAAGCACUGGUCUAAGCACAGUGUCCGUCUCGGACGCCGAGACCAUCGCUCAAUCGUACAGCGUCAACCCCGAGCUCAAGUGGGUGGAGGGAUACUACCGCGGCUACUUCGAGCUGCACCUUCGGCGGGACAAAGCUAAGGCGCGGUACUUUGGGUGUCCGUCUGUUGCGAGCCGGAAUAGCUGGGAGCUCCCGCUGGCGAAUUGGACGGUGCGUCGUGGUGAGAGUCACCUUGAACGGCCGCUUGCGGGGGGUGCGGUUGAGGCGGGGUAUUUUGUUGGUAGGGAGGUGAAGCAUAGUGAGGUUGCGGUUGAUACGGCGACGGGGAUUUGGGAGAGUGUGAGGGGGAGGUUUGGGAAGAUGUUUAUUGAGCAUUAG